UGUCGCCGUCUUUGAUGGCGAAACUGUAUAUUUGGACAUUUCUGUGACAUGUUCAAAACAAAUAGCCGCUAAUGGCGUCUUUCUAAUCGCCCUUCUGCUGUGAGCCAAAGUGUUGAGUAAGGAAAGAUGGAGUCCAGAAUCAAGGAGAGUCCAGAAUUUGCUUUUGAGGUCUAUAUGGAAGUAGUCCAUCCAGGAACAGAUAAGUCAGAGCCUGAUAUACGAAGGAAAUUCCCCGAAGACUUCAAUGAUGAGGAGACUAUCCAGACUGUGCCCAAGUUCUGCUUUCCUUUCUGCUUGGAUAGUGUCGGAGUCAAUCAGAUGGAUCAGAAUUUCACAUUUGUGUUGACCGACAUCAACAGUAAACACAGAUUUGGAUUUUGUCGCCUGUCCUCAAGUCCAAACACCUGCCAUUGCGUCCUUAGCUACCUGCCUUGGUUCGAUGUAUUUUAUAAACUGCUAAGUAUCAUUGCAGAUUACACUAUUAAUGGCCAGGAUAUCAAUUUCCAAGAACUCCUGGUGUCCCUACACAAGCUUUCUAUUCCUGAGCCUGGUGUCCCUGUUCAUCUUGCUAUGCAUUUUUACUUUACUGUACCUGACUUGAAAGAACUUCCCAGGAUACCAGAACAUCGGAAUCUUACAGAGUACUCUGUAGCAGUCGAUGUCAACAACAUGCUCCAUCUCUACGCUAGUAUGCUGUAUGAACGUCGAAUCCUCAUCUGUUGUAACACACUCAGCACUUUAACAGCUUGUGUCCAUGGGUCUGCUGCCAUAAUAUAUCCAAUGCACUGGCAACAUGUUUACAUUCCAGUCCUUCCUCAACAUCUGUUAGACUACUGCUGUGCUCCAAUGCCCUACCUCAUUGGAGUGCACUCCAGCCUCAUGGAGAAAGUUCGGGGAAUGGCAAUAGAGGAUGUAGUAGUACUGAAUGUGGACACAAACACGCUUGAAACUCCCUACAAUGACCUCCAAAGUCUACCCCAGGAUGUGGUCUCAUCUCUGAAAAGUCGUUUGAAAAAGUUCUCAACAACUCCAGGGGAUGGUAUGGCUCGAGCUUUCCUCAAGAGUCAAGCAUCUUUGUUUGGCAGCUACAGAAAUGCUCUGCGAAUUGAGUUGGGUGAGCCAAUAACAUUCAACGAAGAGGCCUUUGUAAAUCAUCGAUUGAGUGCCAUGAGAGAGUUCCUCCAGAAUGCUAUCCAUCUGCAGCUUUUCAAACAGUUCAUUGAUGGCCGUUUGGACCGCUUAAACGCCGGAGAGGGUUUCAGUGACUUAUUUGAGGAGGAGAUCAACAAAGGCGAAUAUGCAGGAAGUGACAAAUCCUACCACCAGUGGCUGAACACUGUAAAGAAAGGGAGCGGGGCUAUCUUGAACUCAGUGAAGACAAAAGCAAACCCAGCCAUGAAGACUGUUUAUAGAUUUGCUAAGGACCAUGCCAAAAUGGGUAUCAAGGAAGUAAAGAGCCGGCUAAAGCAGAAAGAAAUUGCAGAUAUUGGACCAGGAAUGGGUGAGGGAGCACCACCCACCUGGGAUGACCACAGAGUAAAUUGGCAUUUUGGACUGACACCGUCACCCACGCUGUUGAAGAAACAAACCAGUAAUGACAGUCUGGAAAGUCCUGAUGACCAGUUACAGCCAUACCACUCACUCAAAGAGGUUGAGUGCAUUGAAGAAAGAGAUUGUCACGUUGGUCCACACCCAGCUCCGCCCAGCCCACCCAAGGAGAACCUCUCCAACGUCAGUUUAUUGGCCAGCAUCUUCAGCUGCCUAGACGAGCAUGAGAGUCCACCCUUUCCUCUGGCUAAAAGUCUUGAGGACCUCAGGAUUCUACAGGACUGUGAAGCGCUCCAAGCCAAGUUCACCUGUGAGCGAAAGGAGCUGAGUUUCAGCGAAUACUCACAAAUGUUUCCCAGCCUAAAGCCGUCCCACCCUUACAACAAGUUGUUGAGCCAAGGACAGGAUCAAGCAGACUUUCCACCUUGCAAGCUUCCUUCCUACGAAAGACUUCAAUCUGCCCAAUUUGACACCCAGAAAAAAACCCACAGCAGUCAAAAUUCAGGCCUUGCAGCACGAGACUCCUCGACCCAAGACAACAUCACCAUACCUCGUCCUCACGCCAGGAAGAGAGCUGGUCUUGGACCACCUAACAGUCAGCCUCAGUGUACACAACGCAAUGAUGACGUGACAAAAAGAGGAGGGCAAGAAUUUAGGAAAGCCCUGAGCAAAACUUCAGAUGAAGUUCAGUCUUUGGAUGGUAUGGAAUUUAUACGCCUGCUGGACCCUCUUAACGAGUCCACACACGUUAGUUUCAUGUCAGGAAAGGCUGAAGGUGAUAAUGAAUCCACAAGAUCUUUUCCACCGAACCUUCCUCCCUUUCAGCCACUUCAUGACAUGUCAUCCAAUCUCUUCAGCCAAUCUGUCUGGCAUAAAACACCAGAGCCACUCUCUGACUCACAGGUUAUUCCCCCCACCAUUUCAGGAAGAUUUAGACAGCAACUGCCUGGCAGUUCUACACGUCUGCCUAUCUAUCCAAUGGUUUCCCCUUCCUCAUACAUCUCCUUGCCUCACUCAUCCACCGCUAAUUACACUCUCUCAAACCUAAGAAGCUCUAUGUCUGUCCCCAGUCCAGUUUCCAGCACCCUUACAAGACCGCUUCAUGCUGAAGGAGAAAAACCAAAUCCUCAGGAUCUGUUUGGCGACCUGCUGACAAUGAUUCAACCAGCUGUAGCCCCCCAAAAGAGGGCGGAGCCCAAGAGGUGGGAAACGUUUGACUAAAACUUUUGUGUAAAUCUAAUGGAGUAAGUAAGUGCUGAUUGAAUUUGUUCCCUCAUGAAGAUAUAAAAACUAGCAUAAAAAUGAUGGACUGCUCAUAUAUUUGUAAGGGAUCAAAUACUUAUUUCCUCCACUAUGCUUUUUUCUGAGUUGCCUUUUUAUUUCAUUGCCACAUGAACAACCUCCAGUGAAUUAUAACAUACUACAGUUCGCUUUACGUUGUUUUCUUUGCGCACUUUUAGCUGUUUAACUUGACAAUAGCAUUAAAAUAUUUUUUGUCUACAGACACUUGCUAUCUUUUAGCAAUGGACACCCAAUAAACACAUUAAUUUGAA